AUGAAUUAUUUCUACAGAAGUGUCACGCCUAUUGUUCUUACGGAAGGUUUUUUUUUUCCGCAGGUGUCGGGCACAUCACGCUCGGUACUUCUUGCGACGAUUCUGGAGUUACGCCUACGAGAUUAUGCCGAAGGCAAUAUAGAAGAUGCAAAAUGUGAAGAACUGCUGAUCCCGUUCAUAGAAGAGGAGAACAUGACUGAAGCGCUGCAUCUCGCGCGAGUUUUUCAUUGCUUCCCCGUUGUGCAGCACAUUCUGAAAAAAACAGGCCGAACAAAAGAACUCAUACAGUACUACUUAAAGAAUGGCAAAAUCAAAGAAGUUGUCGAAUUGUGCAAGAAUGAAAAAAAGUCGGAUAUGUGGAUGGAUCUUCUGGUGUACAUCUCCAAGAAAGAAGGGCCUGUAGAUGAGAAAGUGGUGCAAGAGAUGUUAGCAGGGUCAGUCUUCCGGUUUAUUUGUUUAGUUAUAGCUAAAAUAGGUGUACUUUUCAGCUUUUUUCGAAUGCGAGUAAAUGAAUGAGU